GAAACAUUCAAGUGGACGAGAAAACUUGGCGCAUCUUGCGAUCUUGAACAACUCAGAGCGCCGUCGGCGCCGUUCCCACGACAGUUUGUUUUGGAGUUAUGUUUAGGUGUUCUGUGGCCUAGUUCUUGUAGCUGAUGAACUUAGCACUGCCCGCUUUACUAUGAACACACUUGUCAGCAUUGUAAUUGCGGCCUUCGCUGCGGCUUUUGCGAUUUUUCACACUUAUCCUGCUCCGCCGAAAUCGCCCCUACUUUACCAGUGGGAAAAGGAAGACGGUGGUUCGUACUUCAAGUUCCAAGACUAUGACAUAUUUUUCAAAGAUGUCAAGGGCACUGCAGAAAACAAGGACAUUUUACUCUGUCUCCAUGGCUUUCCAACUUCUAGCUUCGACUAUUACUUGGUCCUGCCAUCACUGCGAAAAAUAUUUGGCAGGAUUGUGCUGUUUGAUUUUCUGGGACUGGGCUACAGCGAUAAGCCGAGGUUUCACACUUACUCCAUCUUUGAACAAGCCAACAUUACUGAAGCCCUUGUCAAGAAGUUGGGCUUGAACAAGGUGCAUGUGCUAGCACAUGAUAUAGGAGAUACAGUGGCUCAGGAACUUCUUGCCAGGCAGCAGGAAGGUGUCCUUACAUUCGAAAUUGCAACUUUGUGUAUGAUGAAUGGUGGCAUUUUGCCCCAGCAUCAUCACCCAAGAUGGUCUCAAAAGAUCUUGAGGAUGCCAGUGAUUGGUGUUGUGGCUUCAAGGUUCAUGAACCACCUGGUCUUCAGGAUGGCGUUGGCUGAUGUGUUUGGUCCCAACACAAAACCGACGGCUACGGACAUUCACAAUUACUGGCAUUUAGCUAGAGUGAAAGACGGCUACCGGGUGUUUGGCUUGCUUCUCUCUUACAUUGAUGAAAGGUUCGAAAAUGAAGAGAGGUGGGUCAGAGCACUGCAGAAGGCCGCCCCCAGAGUCCUUAUGAUAUACGGCCCAGCUGAUCCUGUCAACAAGCCACCAUUUCAGGAUCACUACAGGAAACUGGUUCCCGGCUCUAGAAUUCACAUUCUCCAAGAACACGUUGGUCAUUACGUGCACCUCGAAGCUCCCAAGGAGGUGGUCGCAGGCUACUUACCAUUCCUGGAACACCACGGUGUCAAAACAAAGACCAUAUCCGUGGCGCUCCCCGACAGGUUGUUGUAGGACAACUUCCAUUUUUAUACCACCUGAGUGGCACUUUUGCUGUACUGAUCCUCUUUUAUUCACCUGUUCGUCAGGCUCGGAAUGGUACAAAUUGUUAAUGGUAAUCUCAUAGCAAUGCAUUCUACCAGAACUUACUGUGAUAUUCACCCCUGUGUGCCUUAGACAUACCACUUUGCUUGGUCAUGUCCUCUUGGAUACUCCGAUCAGAACAGAGGUCAAAGAGGAAUCUCAUUGCCCAAGCAAUGACAGUAGCCUUCAACAUUUUUUUCGUAUAUUACUCUUUCAUGCUGAUUUCCAAGUGGCAUUUCAAAAGCCUUCUUUAAAGCAUCCUAACACUUGAAAAGGAGAGCAGUUCUAAGCAAGUAAGCAGACUAUGCACUGAACACGAACAUUUGCGUUCUAACUAAUAUAAUUCAAUAUAAUAGCCCCUCUCCUGCUUAGAUGAACAAAAAAAUCUGCCACUUCAUACAGUAAAGCAUCAGAUGAAGCAUAAUUAUUUAGAAGGUUAAUUGUUUGCAUUUACACUAGUACUUUAUUGCCAAAUUUAAUCUGUAAAGAUGGCAUGUACAAAGUGCUGUUACACAAAAACUGUAGUGAUGUAGCCAGUGUUCACACAAAAAAAAAAUACUUGAAGGACUUUCAAUGAAGACGACCAUAAUUCACUCUGCUACAAAUUUUGAGUAUGAAGGUGCUCAAAAUGUCAGAGGGAAAAGAGCAACCUUUAUACUCGUUUGUUAAGGCAGUCAUGUAGCUUAACCAGCACAGCCUGAGAGAUUUAUUCACUAGUGGCCUUCAUAAAUACUGCCUCAACAAACAUUGUUAAUAUUACUCGGCUCUUACUCUGCAUGCCUUAUUUCCACUAGGUACGAUCAUUUGUUAUCGAGUACAUUUUUAUUACUCAGGACCUUGAUUAUGCAUACCUCUAGAACGGGCACACUGAUGGGACCUCUUUAAUUUUGACUGAUGGAAACGAAGUUUUCAAGACUCACGUGGGCUCAUAUGGAAGAAUUGUGCAGACUCAUUUUCUUGUCGUAAACACUAUAAGCUAAGCUUACCCGCAAGGAUGUCCUGCAUAUGUGCAUUUGUCUUGCUUGUCAGUUAUUUGUCAGGAAGUGCUGUUAAGUAGUCUGGAUUAAAAGAAUGCCAAGCCGUAGUUCAAUUAAGCUGAAGCUGUGAACACGAUACUUUAGGUUCAUUAAAUUUACCUGUCUGUAUUAGUUUUUGUACAAGAAUUGAAAGCCAGAAUAUCAAAUAUGCUUUUGAUAGUCACUGGGUAAUAUUUGUGUUUUAAAUUCACCAAUUUAUUCCGCUGCCUUUGUGCAUUUGUUUUCUAAUUUAAGUUGCAACCCAAGCACUCAUCUUGCACUCUGCACAAUUUUACUUUAGAAAAAAAAAAAAUGAUCGAAGUGCGCUCUUAACUUUUGAUACAAGUAUAAAAUUAGAACCAAAAUGAAGUUGUUUCUUUUAAACAUUCCAUCCACGAGUACGAAUACUAUUUUUGUUGCUGCAAAAUCAGAGUUGCAUGCUUUCUCUGUUGGCUAACAAGUCAUAGGGUAAAGUAAGCGGUUACUUCAUAAUUGGUCCUCUGUGCACUGCAAGAUGUGCCCAAAUAAAGAAGAAUAAGAAGAUUGUUU